UUAUUGUUCAAACUAUGCAAAUACAGUUAUCUGUAAAUAUUUGAACAUUUGCGAUAAACCUGACUUUAAAGCAACAAAGACAAGACAACCCAAUGUAGUUCAUUAAUAUUUGUGUAAAGGAAAAAAGUGCAAUAUCAUGCUUACGUGUAAAUUAGACAAUGUGAUGAUAAUGAAAUAUAGGAGCUAUAGCUAGGCAGAAUACAAGAGCACUUAGAGCAUAACUGCAUCAACACUUUCAGGUAUUACAGAAGCACUAUCGACAAAAUGGAUGAAGCUACACUUGACCAACUUUCUGCAAAGUUUGCCCAAAAAUUAGAAGGGGAGCAUGUGUUUAGAGGUGUACUCCAUCAUAGUGUUAUGCUCACUGAAGGAACAGAGGAGCAAAAGAAAUUUGACAGCCUGCAAAUGUCUGCAAAUGACUGUAUUGUAGCUACAUAUCCAAAAUCUGGGACAACGUGGAUGCAAGAAAUAGUAUGGCUGAUCUACAAUGGCGUGGAUAUAGAAAAAGCUAAGCAGAGCCCGCUAGACGAACGAUGCCCAUUCAUGGAGAUAGCCCCAAAAAUUGAUUUCAUUACAGAUAUGCAAAGUCCAAAACUCUUAAAAACACAUCUUCUUCACCUUGGAUUACCUACUAGUUUUCUGAACAAAUCAAAUGACUCGAGACCAAGGAUUGUAUAUGUAGCCAGAAAUCCAAAAGAUGUUGCGGUUUCCUUUUAUCAUUUCUAUCGUUCUAAUAAGAGUCUCGGGAAUUUUAACAGGGGAUGGAAUGAAUUUUUUGAAAUGUUUAUUUCUGGGUAUGUUGUCUUUGGCGACUGGUUUAGUCAUGUGAUCACAUGGUACGAAACUGCGAAAAAAGAUUCUACGAUCUUGUUCAUAAAGUAUGAAGAUAUGAAACGCAACUCUUUGGAAGAGAUCAGUAAAAUUGCCAAAUUCCUUGGCAAAGAUAUCAGCACUGAAAUGCUUGAAACUUUGUAUGAUCAUACAAAAUUUGAAAGCAUGAAGAAAAAUCCCAUGGUCACUUUUGCUAAAAACCCAAGCAUUGAUAGUUCAAUUUCACCAUUCCUGCGCAAAGGAGAAAUCGGUGACUGGAAAAAUUAUUUCACUGUUGCUCAGAAUGAACGUUUCAUGGACAUUUACAACGAAAAAAUGAAAGACACAGAUCUGUCAUUUCAAUUUGAGUAACAGUGUACUCCUAAAAAUGUAUGAGCAAUUGGUGAGAGAAAUUUUGAUAUUAACAUAUUAUGUGACAUAGAACAGGCAUAAGAUUCAUGACAUUUGGGGAGAGAGCAUUUUUGAUAAAAUUGAUUGACUACUGUAGCAUGGAAGCCCAUUCAGAUACAGUUUAGUUUAGCUUAUUUCAAACAAAGGCCCAUAGUUUUCCAAAAAAUACAAUACAUCUUUACUACAAUUUAGUAGCUGCUGACUUAAAUGCUCUUUACAAAUACAUGUAUGUUGUUGAGUUUUCAAUUUUCACAUUUUAUGUGGAUAUAUUUACAUGAUAUUUUAGUUCAAAUUUUCACAUUUUCAUGUGGAUAUAUUUAUUGUAACUUGAUAUUUUUGUUCAAAUUUUCACAUUUUUUUAUGUGGAUAUAUUUAUAUGAUAAUGUAGUUCAAAUCACCACAUGUUCAUGUGGACACAUGAUGAUAUUGUAUUUCCUGAUAUUGUAUUUCAUUGC